AUGUCGAAGCCAUUUGACCCAGAGACGGCGGAGAACUUGGAUGAUAUGGAGAAGCAGUUUGCUGUGAAAGCCGUCGAACAUCUUAUGACAUACUGGUCCAUCCUCGAAAAAGUCCCCGGCUCCAAACUGCGCCUCACAAAAAUGGACGACGAGAUCUACGAGCACUUCAAGCGCGAGUUCCCCGACUUCAAUCCGGCCGACAAAAUCAACGAAGAUGACAUGAAAAGCAAAGCGGGCAAGGAGCGAUGGCGCAACUUUAUGAACGAGUAUGAGGAGACGAUCAAUGAUUAUAACUUUGGAACUAUGCUGCGUGCCGACGCCAAGUCGGAGUAUGACCAGGAGACAACUAUAUUCGCGAUGCGGAUGCAGUUUUAUGCAGUUGAGAUUGCUCGAAAUCGUGCUGGCCUGAAUGACUGGGUUUACGAACAGGCGCAGGGUAAAAGUCAGUAG